CGCAAAUAUAGAUAUGCACCAUUUCAGGGGGGUUUAUCUACCCCUCUCAAGGUGUAGGCAUAGGUAUAUAAGUGAAAAUUACCUAGCCAGUGCGUCCUCAAACAUUUAGACACCAAAAUGAAAUUGUUACUAGUUGUUCUUCUGGCAACCGGUGCCUCAGCUGCUCCACAUCGGGAUCUCGCACCCGAAGGAGCCUAUCCCCACCAGGUGUCGCUGAAAUUUCUCGACGUACACAGUUGUGGAGGGUCGAUAAUUGACGAAACGACAAUCCUCACCGCGGCUCACUGCGUUCAAAGCUUAAUACCUGAAUUCACCUCCGUUAUCGUCGGCACCAACCAUCUCCACUCGGGCGGGCACCAAUACGCGGUCACCAAGAUUUUACCGCACGACCGCUACGAUCCGAUCUUGGUCAAGAACGACAUCGCCUUGGUCACGUUGGAGAGGCCGAUUGAGUUCAACGGUCAGGUGAGGCCCAUCGAGCUGGAGACCGAGCACGUCGGCGGAGGCGUCGACUGCGUCGUCAGCGGUUGGAUGAGCGGCGAGGAUGCGGAAAGUUUGCAGCACAUCAAAUUGAAGACGAUCGAAAGCGUGACGUGCGCGACGUUCCUGAUCGACGACACGCAGAUUUGCGCGAAAAGCGCCGAAGAAAGGGCGCACUGUAGCGCCGACUCCGGAAACCCGCUGGUCACCGACAAGCAAAUCGGUAUUGCCUCCUUCGGCAGUUUGUGUAACGAAGGCAGUCCGGAUGUUUAUACGAGGGUGUCUGCUUAUGAGAGGUGGAUUGAGAAGAGUAAACGAUGAUUUUUGAAUAAAAUGUUUUAAAAGCC